AUGAAGGUGCACGCUGCCGUAGCGGCAGCACUGGUGCUGCUUCUUGUGGCGACCGGCGCGUACGGAGCUGGCAUGCUGCAGGUGCAGGACAACCCAGCGCGCAGCGUAAAGGACUUGAGCGGCAUCUGGCGCUUCAAGCGGUGGUGGUUGAGACCACUGGCGGCUCCCCUGUUGCACAUGCCCGUCCCCGCCUCCUACAACGACAUCACCCAAGACAACGAGCUGCGCAGGCACAUCGGAUGGGUUUGGUACGAGCGCGAUUUCUUCGUGCCUCACACCUGGGUCAGCACUGGCCAGCGCAUCGUGCUGCGCUUCGAGAGCGUGAGCUACGCGGCGUCCGUGUGGGUCGACGGCACUGCUGUCGUCAGCCACGCCGGCGGCCAUCUGCCGUUUGAGGCGGACAUUACCCAGCUCGUGAAGGGAACCGCACGCAGCCGCCUGACCGUGGCGGUGAACAACACCCUCACGCCCUUCACCCUUCCUCCCGGCAACGUGCGGGUCGAGCACGGUCCGCGCUACCCCAAGGGCUACACCGUGCAGGAAACCCACUUCGACUUCUUCAACUACGCCGGCAUCGAUCGCGAGGUGUAUCUGUACACCACGCCCAGCCAGUGGAUCGAUGACAUCACCCUCACCUACGACAUUCAGCUGAACGGCGACGCGAGCGUCAACUAUGAGUACGCUCUCACCCUGUGGCAGCCCGGCAAGCCGUACCUCUACACCCUGGAGGUCACCGCCGAUGAUGAUGUCUACCACCUGCGCAGCGUGGGCAUCCGCACGAUCAAGGUCUCCGGCACGCAGUUCCUCAUCAACGGAAAGCAGUUCUACUUCCACGGCGUCGACAAGCACGAAGACUCCGAUAUCCGAGGCAAGGGAGUGGACGACGUCAUCGUGGUGAAGGACUACAACAUGCUGCAGUGGCUCAAUGUCUCGGCCUACCGCACGAGCCACUACCCUUACGCGCCCCAGUUCUACGAUAUGGCCGAUGAGCGCGGAAUUGUCAUCAUAGACGAGUGCCCCGCAGUCGGACUUGCCAAAGCUUUGUACUUCAACCCGACCACCCUGGUGCACCACAAGCAGGUGAUGUACGAAAUGAUCCGCAGGGACAAGAAUCACCCCAGCGUGGUGAUGUGGAACGUCGCGAACAAGCUGCGCUCGGAUAUGCACGUGGCCUACAACUCUUGGAUGUAG